AUGGAGUAUUUCCAGUCUUUUAGUGAUAUCCAGGAUUCAGAAACACAAACACCAGAUGAUAUAACUUAUGAUUCUCCUCCUACACUUGCUCAAAAUUGCAAAAGCUUCAAAUGGAAUGUAAAAGUCAUAGAUCCGGCUGGGAACAUAGAAGGAAAACUGGUGUCAGCUAGAGAUGUUUGGAAAUUGCAAAAUUGCAAAGUAAUAGUACAGUUCGAUGGAAAUAGCGAUCAACCUGUUGAAGAUUCUGGAGGUUUACUUGGAUCAUGGUUGGGUCAAUUAAGUAACGAUGUGAAUUUGUUACCUAUUGACUACACUGAAUGGAGAUUGGUUGGUGACAACACAAAAGAUAAGGUGUGGGAUGUAAUUCAGGCAAAAUUUUGGUUUGAUAACCCAACGACAAGAAGGAAGUAUGUGAUGAGUGUUCUAGGGAGCAGAUGCAACAAUUUCAAAGCACGUAUUUGGAGAGAUUACAAACGGGAUGAUCAGACUGAAACGAUGCAAAAUCGACCCAAUAAUGUUCCUGAAAGUCAAUGGCGUAAUUUUGUAUGCUUACGGUUCACUGAAAGGAGGAAAAAAAUGCAAGAACGGAAUACAAAGAAUCAAAAGGAGAACACUAUGCCUCAUUUGUGUGGAAGAAAGAGUUUUGGAAGGAAAAGACGUGAGAUUACAAUCAAGACGGAAAAAACACCAAGUGGAGCUGAAUUCUUCGUUGCAACUCGUACGAAAUCUGAUGGAAGCUUUGUAUCAGAGGAAGCUAAAACACGUGGGGAAGCACUUACAACAUUGUUAACUCAAAAUCCAUCAAGACAAGUCACAGCCAAUGUUAUAGCUAGUUUAGAUGAUGAAUAUGCCCAAGUGUUUGGUCCAGAACAGCCAGGACGAAUACGUUGUGUCGGACGUGGAUCCACACCUUCAAAGUUAUUUGGUAAAACUACUCUAGUAACACCAGAGAUAGAAAAUUCUGAAGCCUAUAUUUGA